AUAGCAGCAAUGCAGUUGAUUUGUUAUUGUUAUUAUCAGCCAGGCAAAAGUGCAAAGUUCUAAUAAUUGCAAACGUAACUAACGAUGAAGUUACAUGAAAUGGAAAAGUGUGCACCUAGUAGCGAUUGGAAUGUGCUGUAUUGGGUUAUUGGCACCAUUCUAAUGCCAAUCGCGUUGCCGUUGGCACUUAUUAAUAUAUGGCAGCGAUUUCGCGCCCAAAAUUACCGUAAUCAGUUGCCUGGCAAGGUGGUGCUUAUAACAGGCGCUAGCUCUGGACUGGGUGAGUCCCUUGCACAUGUUUUCUAUCGCGCUGGGUGCAAGGUAAUAUUGGCCGCCCGUCGUGUGCAAGAAUUGGAACGUGUUAAAAAGGAUUUGCUAGCACUGGAUGUGCAACCUGCUUAUCCACCUACUGUGUUAGCUUUGGACUUAAGCGAACUGAACUCAAUUCCCCAGUUUGCAAAGCGUGUCUUGGAGGUGUACAAUCAAGUCGACAUAUUAAUAAAUAAUGGCGGCAUUAGCGUCCGAGCCGAUGUUGUUUCCACUGCAGUGGAUGUGGAUCUUAAAGUCAUGAUAGUCAAUUACUUUGGCACUGUGGCUUUAACAAAAGCACUACUGCCUUCAAUGAUAAAACGUAAGAAUGGUCAUAUUUGUUUCAUCAGCUCAGUGCAAGGAAAGUUUGCAAUUCCUCAGCGGGCGGCAUAUUCCGCUUCCAAACAUGCCAUGCAAGCCUUUGCCGACUCGUUGCGUGCUGAAAUGGCAAACAAGAACAUAUAUGUGUCCUGCGUUAGUCCUAGCUACAUACGCACACAGCUUUCAAUGAAUGCGUUGACCGGCGCCGGCAGUAGCUACGGCAAAAUGGAUGAAACUACUGCUAAGGGCAUGUCGCCUGAUAAGCUAGCCGAACGCAUUUUACAAUGCAUUUUACGCAAGGAGCCGGACGUAAUUGUCAGCGAUCUUCAGGCAAAGAUUGCCUACUAUUUGCGUCACAUUUUACCUUCGGCAUACUUUUGGAUAAUGGCCAAACGUGCAUUGAAAUUGGAGAGGGCCGAAAAGAAGAAAGAUUAAGAUGAGUGCAUGAUUUAGUUUCGUUUUUAUUGUUAUUUAAAUGUCACUUAAAAUGAAAAAUUAUUAAAAAUCGCAAUGCGUGUGCAGUGUUAAAAAUUAGUUACAUACAUU